UUGUUCUUCCUGCUUUUUCCGACGCCGGAGACCGACGCCGGAGGGAUUCGAUCAUCGUUUCUCCGAGUUCUCCGGAGUAGACGGUCGGCCGAAGUUCCAUUGGAGGUAACACAUUCGAAGCCUGUCAAAAAUCCUUUGUAUCAGGAUGUUAUUCCAUCGACAGAGACAAUAGAGUCUUCUCCAAGAGCAAAUAUAACUAACUUGAAGGAGCUUCUUAAGGAAGAACAUUUACAUUUAAGAACUGAGGCUUCAGAGCAAGGCAUAUUGCCAUUGCUUAUCUUAAGUCUGAAGGAGACCACUGCAGAAAGAAGGCCUUCUGUUGUAUUCAUGCACGGCACAAACGCAAACAAAGAAUGGCUGCGCCCAUGGCUGGAAGCUUAUGCUUCUCGGGGAUACAUAGCAAUCGGUCUGGACUCCCGCUAUCACGGGGAGCGUGCUAGGAACAAGACGGCUUAUAGCGAUGCUCUCAUAUCAUCGUGGAAAAACGGCGAUACAAUGCCCUUUAUCUUCGAUACGGUAUGGGAUUUGAUCAAACUAGCUGACUAUCUAACCCAGAGGGAAGAUAUAGAUACUAAAAGGAUAGGAAUCACCGGUAUAUCUUUAGGAGGUUAGUCACAGAAUGCAACCACAAAAAAAA